GCGCACGGGCGCUACGGUGGCCGGUCGGGAAGCGCCGCCAAUGGCGGUCCGCUUUCGCCGCGGCGAGGAGGGAAGUAGGCGGGUUGGCGCAGGCGCGCUGAAGGCUCCGGCCACUACCGGAGCGUAAACAAGGCGCCGCUGAGAGGGAUGAGGAGGCGGCCGGAGCCGAGCGGGGCCGGGAGCCGUCGAGGCUGACAGGCCUCUUUCCGCUGCCCUCCCGCCGGCCGGGGACGGGGGGGAGCGCCGCCGCCGCCAGGGAGAGCCAUGAACUUGGCCAGUCAGAGCGGCGAGGCCGGCGCCGGCCAACUGCUCUUCGCCAACUUCAACCAGGACAACACGUCCUUAGCUGUUGGCAGCAAAUCAGGUUACAAAUUCUUCUCCCUUUCUUCUGUGGAUAAACUGGAGCAGAUCUAUGAAUGCACACAAAGAGGAUAUCUGGCUGCACGGUGUGGCCUUGGCUGGAGCAUUGGUAUCUUCUCACAUUACCAAGCAUUUUAUGUAGUUGUGCAGGAAUACGAGAUGAAUCACGCUCAGCUCUUUGAACGUUGGUGCAAAGCUGACACAGAAGAUGUGUGCAUUGUGGAGAGGCUCUUUUCCAGUAGCUUGGUGGCCAUAGUGAGCCUCAAAGCCCCCCGCAAGCUGAAAGUUUGCCACUUCAAGAAGGGGACAGAGAUUUGCAACUACAGCUAUUCCAAUACAAUCCUGGCUGUCAAGCUUAACAGGCAGCGAUUGAUCGUGUGCUUAGAAGAGUCUCUGUACAUACAUAACAUCCGGGACAUGAAGGUGUUGCAUACCAUCAGGGAGACGCCCCCCAACCCCGCAGGCUUGUGUGCGCUGUCCAUAAACAACGACAACUGCUACCUGGCCUACCCAGGCAGUGCCACUAUUGGGGAAGUCCAGGUCUUUGACACCAUCAAUCUGAGAGCUGCUAACAUGAUCCCUGCUCAUGACAGUCCUUUGGCUGCGCUAGCUUUCGAUGCGAGCGGCACAAAACUGGCCACGGCGUCAGAAAAGGGGACGGUGAUCCGGGUAUUUUCCAUUCCAGAGGGACAGAAACUCUUUGAAUUCCGAAGGGGUGUGAAGAGGUGUGUGAGCAUCUCCUCUUUGGCCUUCAGCAUGGACGGCAUGUUUCUGUCCGCAUCCAGUAACACGGAGACAGUGCACAUUUUCAAAUUAGAAACUGUGAAAGAGAAACCUCAGGAAGAGCCCACGACUUGGACGGGUUACUUUGGGAAAGUCCUGAUGGUCUCCACAAACUACCUGCCUGCCCAGGUGACAGAAAUGUUCAACCAAGGCCGAGCUUUUGCCACCGUCCGCCUCCCUUUCUGUGGGCACAAAAACAUCUGUGCAUUGGCCACAAUCCAGAAGAUCCCUCGGCUGCUGGUAGGAGCUGCAGAUGGGUACCUGUACAUGUACAACCUGGACCCCCAGGAGGGAGGCGAAUGCACCCUGAUGAAGCAGCACAAGCUGGAUGGCAGCAUGGAGCCAGGCAAUGAAAUCCUAGAAUCUGCAUCGCACGACCGGCCGCUAGUAGCACAGACAUACAGCACUGCUGUGACUAAAGGUACUUACGUGCCUUCUUCGCCCACAAGGCACGCCUAUACCGAGGACCUGGGUGCGGUUGGUGGCGCUUGCCUGGAAGAGGACGCCAGCACCCUGCGGCUGGACGAAGACAGCGAGCACCCCCCGAUGAUCCUUCGGACGGACUGAACUUUGACCUGUGAACUCCACUCCUGAAGCCGAGGGCGCAGGCCUGACCCCCUGGAGGAUUAUUGUGUCUGUGCUGCUACGAACCUUGACCCGGGCUGAGAGCAAGAGGGAGGACCGCAGAUGACUCUGAAGUCAUUUUAAAACAAACACACACACACAAACCAUUGUAGCCGUAAUGCUGAUUUGAUGCCAUGGAGGUGGGGAGGGGGGGAAUAUAUGGUUUCACUUCAGUGGCUUUUAAAUCCUGCUUUACCUUUUAGCUGUGAGGAUAUAUGCAUAUAUAUUUUUCGUCGUCGUUCCUGUUGCCAAAACCUGCUCUCUCUGUGCAGCCUUCGGCACCUCCUAGCUUUGCAUGCUGCCUUGUGCCAAGCAAGCAGAUCACUUCAUAACGAAGAAGUUUGCCGAGUUUUGGGGUUCUCUCUCUCUCUUUUUUUAGAAGACAAAUACAUGUACAUAAAUAACACUUGGCAUCCGUGAAGGGAGGAGCAGCAAAGUUUGCUUCUGGGUGCUUUGACUUCUUCCAGUGCUCUUCAGCCUUACCAUCCCCAGAUGUGGGUGGACUACCUCUUCCAUCAUCCACGGCCAGCUUGGCCCGAUGGUCAUGGAUGAUGGGGCUUGUAGUCCCUUAACAUCUGGGUGCCCAAGGAUUUGAAGGACAUUGGCUUACUCUACUCGGACAAAGGUUCCAGGUAGUUUCUUGCGCAUGGGCUUUCGGUUGCAACUCCUAGAAACAUGCAGCGAUCUUUCUAUUUUUCUUUUCUUGGGUUCUUCCCAUCACACAACCUCCCCCCUCCUGUCCAGCUUCACAGUUUAUUCCCUCCUUUCUUCCCCGCCUCCUUCUCUCCUCCUUUUCCCCUGGACCAUUUUGUUAAUUAAAAAACUCCUUCUAAAUGCUG